AUCCCCCGCCCCGGUAACUUCCCUAGCGAAUAACAAAUACCCAUAAAGUCCCCGUCGCGCAGCCCCUCCCCGCGGGCAGCGCACUAUGCUGCUCGGGUGGGCGUCCCUGCUGUUGUGCGCAUUCCGCCUGCCCCUGGCCGCAGCCGGCCCCGCCGCCGCACCUGCCCAGGAUAAAGCCGGGCAGCCUCGGGCUGCUGCAGCGGCCGCCCAGCCCCGCUGGCGGCAGGGGGAGGAGGCGCAGGAGCUGGCCGAGACUCCGGGUCAUCCGCACCCCCUGGCGCAGCAGCGCAGGAGCAGCGGGCUCGUGCAGAACAUCGACCAACUCUACUCGGGCGGCGGCAAGGUGGGCUACCUCGUCUACGCGGGCGGCCGGAGGUUCCUCCUGGACCUGGAGCGGGAUGGUUCGGUGGGCGCCUCUGGCUUCGUGCCCGCAGGAGGCGGGCCGAGCGCGUCCUGGCGCCACCGGAGCCACUGCUUCUACAGGGGCACAGUGGACGGUAGUCCCCGCUCCCUGGCUGUCUUUGACCUCUGUGGGGGUCUCGACGGCUUCUUCGCGAUCAAGCACGCGCGCUACACCCUGAAGCCACUGCUGCGUGGGCCCGGGGCCCAGGCGGAAACCGAGCGCGUUUACGGGGAUGGGUCUGCGCGGAUCCUGCACGUCUACACCCGUGAGGGCUUCAGCUUCGAGGCCCUACCGCCGCGCGCCAGUUGCGAGACCCCUGCAUCCCCUCCAGGGCCCCGAGAGCGCCCCCCGGCGCACGGUAGCCUGGGCCGACGCACAGCGCUGGCCCCGCAGCUCCUGGACCGGUCCGCUAUCUCGCCCGCUGGGGACCCAGGACCGCAGACGUGGUGGCGGCGGCGGCGCCGCUCCAUCUCCCGGGCCCGCCAGGUGGAGCUGCUCCUAGUGGCUGACGCGUCCAUGGCGCGGAUGUACGGCCGGGGCCUGCAGCAUUACCUGAUGACGCUGGCUUCCAUCGCCAACCGGCUGUACAGCCACGCCAGUAUCGAGAACCACAUCCGCCUGGCGGUGGUGAAGGUGGUGGUGCUAGGCGACAAGGACAAGAGCCUGGAAGUGAGCAAGAACGCAGCCACUACGCUCAAGAACUUUUGCAAGUGGCAGCACCAGCACAACCAGCUGGGAGAUGACCACGAGGAACAUUACGAUGCAGCCAUCCUGUUUACUCGGGAGGAUUUAUGUGGGCAUCAUUCAUGUGACACCCUGGGAAUGGCAGACGUUGGGACCAUAUGUUCUCCAGAGCGCAGCUGUGCUGUGAUUGAAGACGAUGGCCUCCAUGCAGCUUUCACCGUGGCUCACGAAAUUGGACACCUACUUGGCCUCUCCCAUGACGAUUCCAAAUUCUGUGAAGAAAAUUUUGGUUCCACAGAAGAUAAGCGUUUAAUGUCUUCCAUCCUAACCAGCAUUGAUGCAUCCAAGCCCUGGUCCAAAUGCACUUCAGCCACUAUCACAGAAUUCCUGGAUGAUGGCCAUGGCAACUGCUUGCUAGACCUACCACGAAAGCAGAUCCAGGGCCCUGAAGAACUCCCGGGACAGACCUACGAUGCCACCCAGCAGUGCAACCUGACAUUCGGGCCUGAGUACUCGGUGUGCCCAGGCAUGGACGUCUGCGCUCGCCUGUGGUGUGCCGUGGUGCGCCAGGGCCAGAUGGUCUGUCUGACCAAGAAGCUGCCCGCUGUGGAGGGAACACCUUGUGGAAAGGGGAGGAUCUGCCUGCAGGGCAAGUGUGUGGACAAAACCAAGAAAAAAUAUUAUUCAACAUCAAGCCAUGGCAACUGGGGGUCUUGGGGAUCCUGGGGCCAGUGUUCUCGCUCAUGUGGGGGAGGAGUACAGUUUGCCUAUCGCCACUGCAACAACCCUGCACCCAGAAACAAUGGCCGCUACUGCACAGGGAAGAGGGCCAUCUACCGCUCCUGUAGUGUCACGCCCUGCCCACCCAAUGGUAAAUCAUUUCGUCAUGAGCAGUGUGAGGCCAAAAAUGGCUAUCAGUCUGAUGCAAAAGGAGUCAAAACCUUUGUGGAAUGGGUUCCCAAAUAUGCAGGCGUCCUGCCAGGGGAUGUGUGCAAACUGACCUGCAGAGCCAAGGGCACUGGCUACUACGUGGUAUUUUCUCCAAAGGUGACGGAUGGAACUGAAUGUAGGCCGUACAGUAACUCCGUCUGUGUCCGGGGGAAGUGUGUGAGAACGGGCUGCGACGGCAUCAUCGGUUCAAAGCUGCAGUACGACAAGUGUGGAGUCUGUGGAGGAGACAACUCCAGCUGCACAAAGAUUGUUGGAACCUUCAAUAAAAAAAGUAAGGGUUACACUGACGUUGUGAGGAUCCCUGAAGGGGCAACCCACAUAAAAGUCCGACAGUUCAAAGCCAAAGACCAGACUAGAUUCACUGCCUACUUAGCCCUGAAAAAGAAAAACGGUGAGUACCUCAUCAACGGGAAGUACAUGAUCUCCACUUCAGAGACGAUCAUUGACAUCAAUGGAACAGUCAUGAACUACAGCGGCUGGAGCCACAGGGAUGACUUCUUGCAUGGUAUGGGCUACUCUGCCACGAAGGAAAUUCUAAUAGUGCAGAUUCUUGCAACAGACCCCACUAAAGCAUUAGAUGUUCGUUACAGUUUUUUUGUUCCCAAGAAGUCCACUCUAAAAGGAAACUCUGUCACUAGCCAUGGCAGCAAUAAAGUAGUACCCCAUACUUCACAGCUGCAGUGGGUGACGGGCCCGUGGCUGGCUUGCUCUAGGACCUGUGACACAGGCUGGCACACCAGGACGGUGCAGUGCCAGGAUGGAAACCGGAAGUUAGCAAAGGGAUGUCCUCUCUCCCAAAGGCCUUCUGCAUUUAAACAAUGUUUGCUAAAAAAAUGUUAGCCUGUGGUUAUGCUCUUAUGCACAAAGAUAACUGGAGGAUUCAGCACUGAUCCCGCCGUGGUGAACAAGAGGUCUACCUAAUGCACAGAAUGUCAUGCUUCAGUGUCAUUGUCCACAGGAGUCGAAUUAUGGGCAGAAUCUGCUCGCUGUGACCAAAAGAAGAUGUGCACUGCUUCAUAUGACAAUGGUGACCUUGGAAUAUAGAAUAACUUGGGAGUGAUUGAACAUCCCCUGGGCCUACAAAGAUGAAAAAAAUCACUGAUGAAUGUAGAGUCAGGGGACAUUUGAAGAUGGCAGAAGAGUCUCCCCUUUGUCACCUACCUCUUAUAGAAUGUCUUUAAAGGCAUCAUAAUCAUUUUCAACCAUGAUACACAGUAGCUUAUUUUUACUGUUUGUAAAUAUGUUCUUCCUUG